AUGGACGCUGCAACCGAGGAAGAUUAUGAGGCCGCUGUAGAUAUAAUGAAAGAUAAGUGGGCAAGUUAUCCAGCAGUGAUACAAUAUGUAGAGAACACAUGGCUUUGUCAUAAAACGAAGUUUGUGACAUUUUGGACAAACCAAGUUCUACAUUAUGGCAACACCAGCACUUGCAGAGUUGAGAGCCAACAUUCGGCCGUGAAGAUGUGGUUUGAUUCCUCGACAGGUUCUUUGGAUACCGUAUGGGCUCGAGUUCAUAGCCACAUUGGUAAUCAAAUCAUCGCAAUUCGUAAUGGUUUGGAGGCUUCUAGGUCGAAGAUAGGUCAAAAGUACCGACAGUUGCCACUGUCACGUAUAAACGGGAAGGUGUCUCAGCAUUGUUUGAAGGUUCUCGAUGAGGAGACAAGGAGGAUGAGGGAGCUGAGUUAUCAAGUGCACGAACGAUGUGGAUGUGCAAUGCGUGUGACCCACGGUUUGCCCUGUGCUUGCCAGAUACAUGAUUCGCUAGCUGCUGGGACAGGAUUGUACAUAAGACAAAUUCACCCGUUUUGGAGGACCUUGGUCAUUCGUUCUGGUGAUGAUGGGACGGUGCCUGGCAAUGACUCGACCGAGAAUGCCGCACAUUUUCGUUCUCUGAUGGAGGAGGUAAUCGUUAGUGAUCCUGCUGUUCUUCAAAACGUGUCUCGCAUCAUUGAAGAGGAGCUGCAUCCGGAUCAUUCUGAUCUCAGAGAGCCUGUUGUAAACCACCGGGUUCGUGGUCGACCAAGAAACAAUGAUACAAGACGUGAUCGUUCUUAUUUUGAACAUGUAAACCGCCAACACACUGAACGCGGCGCACGACAAACAGGAGAUGUAAAUGACAUUAGCCAAAGCCGUUAUCGACACUCGCUUCCAGGGCCGAUGUUGCCUUACAUCACAGGAUGGAAGGAUGUCAUUGGCGAUGGGAACUGUGGGUUUCGUUGUGUGGCCGAGUUCUUCUUCGGUGAUCAAGGCCGAUGGUAUGACGCUCGAGAGACAAUAGCGAAUGAGGUCCUCGGUUAUCGAGCCCUAUAUGAGAGGAUUUAUGGGCUUGGAAGACUUGAGAUCAAUGUGCAGCGUAUUCGAUGGGACGGUGGGGCGGUUGAUUCCCGUCAUUGGAUGGUUGCAAUUCAAGAUUUAUUUCCUAUUGCGACUUGGUUCAACACAGCGGUUAUUAUUCUUGGUGUAGGCCAAACACCAACCUGCUACUACCCAUGCCUCACGAUAUUGCCGUUGCGGGCAAGAAGGGGGGUCACAGCACCGGAGCAAGAGUUUGUCAUCGCUACAGUUGGGGGCUCACAUUUUAUUUGUAUUGAACUUGCACCAGAUUCGCCACUUCCCCCGAUUGCAGGUUGGUGGACCGAGAACCACGACCCAAGUGUUGACGGUUGA